UGCCUUAGCUUGGUAUUAACUGGUUUACGACUGCGGACAGGCAGACGCAAAUAGGCCGGGCUUUAACUAAUAGGGCAUACAGUUCUUUAAAUAGUUUUAAAUCCGUAUUUACUUGUUGAGUUUAAAUAUACAAUUAAAUUGCAUCUGUAUUUUUGCUAAAUAAUCGCAGCCUGAGACAAGCGAUCGGAGGUGAAUAUAUCUGAAGAUUUAAAAAAGUAACUAAACCGGAUAGCUUGUUCAUGCUAGCUAAAUUAAAUCGCUUGGCGCCAGUCUUUUCAUUUGCCGACAUUGCUAGCUCUGCACGUUUCCUUUUUGUUUUUGUUGUUGUUAGCGACCGAGUUUGCUAACUGCUACAUUUCAGCAUUACUUGCUAGCUACAGUUUUUAGCUAGAAGAAAGCAAUCAGGCAUGGCGGAAUUCCUCGAAGAUCCGUCUGUUCUCACUAAGGAUAAGCUCAAAAGUGAGCUCACGGCCAACCAUGUCCCACUUCCCAGCUCCGAACAGAAGAAAGACGUCUACGUUCAGUUGUACCUGAAAAAUUUGACCGUUCAGAACAAGAAAUGUCCACCAUCUGUAGACACGUUCUCCAGUGAUGAAGAAUUGCCUGCCCCUGUAGUCUCCAACAAGAGCCGAUCUGGAAGAAAAGCUACCCGAAAGACAGACAAGCCUCGCUCAGAAGAAGUGGAAGUCACAGACCUCACCGAUGCAAGUUUAAAAGAUGAGCUGUUGAAGCAUGGAGUCAACACUGGGCCCAUAGUUGGCUCCACCAGGAAGCUUUAUGAGAAAAAGCUUCAGAAGCUACUGGAUACACCUGCAGCUGAGACUACGCCCAGCCCACCUGAAACUGCCACAGUUAACGCUGCAGCCAAGGCAGAUGGCAACCAGAACGGCAACACAUACUCUGGCCAGUACAGUGACAAGGAGGAAGAUGAGAUAGGUACCGCUACGGAACCAGAGCCUGUUCCUGUUGUGGAGAAGCCUGUGUGGAGCAGGGGGAAGACUCCUGUCACUGUUAGGAACAGCAGCAGACGGAGCAGCAAGCUACAGGUGGUGGAGGUGAGCCUAGCAACGGGCGACCAGACCCCUAAGAAGACGAGGGAGAAUGUUGAAGAGAUUCUCGCUAAUGAGAUCUUUUCACCCACAGGCAUCAGCGCCAGCUGCAGGCGACCUAUUCGCGGCGCGGCGGGCCGACCGGUGAAACCCAGCAACUACUGGCUGAACGAGUCUCUCCUGGAGCGCUCCAUCUAUACAGAGUCUUAUUCUGGAUGCAGCUCCUUGGGCUCCAACGUGCCGGCCAGGCCCGGCUUCCUCUCUGUACUAUUAAAGCUCAUGGUACUCGUCACUGUAGCUGGGUCCAUCUACUUCGCCAUUCAGCACCUCGAUGCAGAUCAGGUUCAGUCCUUCAAGGGAAUGCUAACCGACGCCAAGGGUCUCCUAAACAGCGCUAAGGGUCACCUGUGUAGCACGGUUGAUAAGGUGGUGGAUGCCGUGUUCGAUAAUGUGAUUGUGCCGCUGGGUAUCGGGGGAGGCAGCAGCCAAGGUGCAGAAGCAAAGAGUGGCGGCAGACCACCUGGCCACUGCUCUGCCAUCCACACCUCACUAGCUCACCACACCCCCUCCAUCGUCAUCCUCUGGUCACCACCUUGGAGGACUGACUGACUGACUUUUAAUCUGGGCUGGUAGACUAUCAUCCUGUCCCCUCCUUGUUCACUUUUCCUCACCCCGCGUGAGGAGGGCAGGAGGGGUAUUCAACCCAACCAACACCAGCUUCCUGGAAAACCAACACUGUCUUGCCAAGACAGUCUAAAGAGACUUGUUUUUAUUAUGAAGUUGUUUUUAAUCGUAGUGUGAAGUCUUAUGUUGUGUAUCCUUUGUGUGUGUAUUUUUAGAAAGGACAGACAAAUCGUACGCAUGGUUGUAGUUUUUUGAAGGACAUGUUUGUCAUUUUUGGAGUGUCUGUGGUGCCAGGUGUUUUUCUGAUGGUGAAGUGCAUGCACAGUGAUAGCACUUAGUGCCAGUGUAGGUGUCAAUUCCAUUUCAAUUCCAGUCAAUUCAGAAAGUAAACAAUUCCAAAUGUUCCUCAUUAAAAAGCAUGGAAGAGAAUUGGAAUUCCAGUGUACUUCCUGAAUUGACAUGGAAUUUACCUCAACCCUGCUUAGUGCCCUCCCACUAAUUCAAGCACAGAGAAAUAAUAUUAAUUACAGAAACAUUUACAAGUAUUUCUGUAUUGGUUUUUGAAUAUACACUAGUAGUAACAAUAAAGCUAGGUAGAAUAAUGGUGCUCAGGUCUAUUCUAAUCUGCUCUAAAUUAAUCUGAUCAGUGCUGGGAGGAGUGACAGUGUCCAAUAGUGUAACUUCAGGUCUCGUCACUGUAUGAGGAAAAACCCUUAUUUUCAAGCUAUAAAGGUUAUAAAACUGAUUUUCUUUGGUUAAAUUGCUUGUUUUUUGGUAUAUGCUGCAGUAACUAAGUAAGUGGUCUGACCUGUGAAUGGCUCAUGAUGGCACCUGACUUGAGGGGCAGUGACCCAAAUCCCAGUAUUAGCUUUGUGAGUUUGUGUGAGUUUACGUACAUGUUUAAUUUAGUAGUGAUUUGUUGUGCUAAAGAUUCCAGAUCUUCCAGUCCCAUCUACCGGGUCAUGUUCAGUAGGGCACCGUAGCAAAAUGGGUAUAAUCCUCUCUGUUUUAAUGUGUGUUUUCCCUGUUUGUUGCCUAAGGAACAUGACCCAAGACUGGCUGUCUUUUUUAGUGCACCCACACUGCCCUUCUAAGCGGUUCUGCACACUACUGAUCUGGGAAAAAUAACAUUUUUGCAAUAGGUAGUUGAGCAAAUAUACGAGUUAACAAUGUAUUCCAUUUUGUUACUUGGAUUAUAAAUUGAUAUUUACUCUGCCUCAUGUACACUUCAUUGUCAUAGAAGAGGUAACACUAACAAUUGCCUGAGGAGAGACAAAUGGUAAUAUUGAUAGCAACUUAACUUAUGUUGACCAUUCAUAGAAUUUUGAUGUCAAGAUGUUGACAUUUUUUGUCCAGUGUUGAAAAUAAGUAUUUUUUUUUAUUUCUGCAUUUUUCUAAUGUGAAUUGUUAAUGUUGGUCUUUUGUCUAGGUGAAAGUGAAAUUUUAAAAACAAACAAAAAAAUGCUAUCCUAAAACUGAACCUCUUUGUUGACUUGUGGUUACACAGUGAAUACAGUAUAUUAAAGAUGAAAUGUUUGUUACUUUGAUCAGGCAGCUAGCUUCCCAACGAUGGAUUGUGGGGGUAAGGAUUUUGAAUCUGUUUUUAUUUAAAAUACUAUCAUGAAAUAAAUGUGGUAAUUCAAUUGUC